GUGAAAUCUCGCGAUACUCAGAGUGGUGAUGUUCCACUGAAAGCUGCUUAGUCGAGCGUUUGACGCUUCCUUGAGCGAUGCGAGCUAUUGAAUCCUAAUUAUCAGCAUGAACUGUAAGUAACCGCAUCCAGUUAUCAGUAAAUAUCAGUAAUGGAGGUGAAUUCGGGCUGUCCGUCUCCUAAAGAGGAGGGCGAGCUGGAGGACGGGGAAAUCUUCGACGACGAGCCGCAGAGGCAGCGGCAGAACGCGCGGCCUCCGCGACGCGCCCGCCCCAGCCGACCCAUGAUGAACAAGAGAGCGCGUUUACCGGGACCCAUGCUCAACAACAGCGCCCCGGUGCCGCUGAGAGCGGUUCAUCCGCCCUUCCCCUCCGGCCUCCGGCAGGCGUUCGACUCAGCGCCGCGGUCCGGCUUCUGGGAGCGCAGUCACGGCGCGCUGGGCCGCUUCAGAUAUCGCGCACACAGAGCGUCAGACUGGACGCGAGACUGGACGGAGCGAUUCGCGGAGAAUCACGGUUGCAGAACCGACUCGCCGAGCAGGAAACAGAAAGCGGGCAGCAGGUGUCAGACGCGGAGGGUGGUGACCAGCGUCCCUAAAGCCGAGACCAUGGACGAGAGCUUCGAGGAUCUGCUGCUGAAGUACAAACAGAUCCAGCUGGAGCUCGAGUGCAUCCGGAAGGAGGAGCGGAUGGCCCUGAAAGAGGAGGACGAGCCUCCCGCUGACCCCGUCCCGCCGCCCGAGGAGCCCGUCUCUGCUGUGAAGGAGGAGAAGAAAGUGUUUCAGGCGUUCAACAUCAGGCCGCUCAGACAGAAGCUGCUGACGCCCAGCGAUCGAGACGCUCUCAACAGCAGAAGCACACCGGACGGCGACGGAGGGGAGAAGGACGCCAGUCAGGAUGACGCUGUAAAGGACGAGGAGUCCGAAUCAGACCUCAACAUCUCUGCAGUGAGUGACGAGACCCCAGUCAUCCACAAGGUACAAAAUAGGACCCCAAACACAAAAGUCUAUAGUUAA